GUGAUGUGUUGUGCAGUGUUUGCAGAGAUCGUCGCAUAGAGUGAGCGAACAGUAAAUAUCAGUUUCAUAGAGUGGUUGAGUCAGACAUUUGUUGUUAGUUUAUGAUUGACUGCAAUAUAUUCUAAAUUAGUUAAUAGUUCUAAUCAGCGAUCAAAGCAGUAGUGGACACAUGUAUUCAGCGGCAGAGAACGGACAGUACGGCGCCGACACCUACGAGGGCGAGGGCUUUGGCUCCAGUUUCGGCACUAAAGCCAUACGUCUGGCGUUUAUACGCAAAGUCUAUGGCAUACUAUCCGUGCAAUUGUUGGUGUCGUUUGGUUUCAUCUGUGUCUUCGCCAUACCGGAUGGUAUGAGAAAAUGGUCGCAAGAGAAUAUCUGGGUUCUUUGGCUCGCAUUUGGUGUGGCGAUGGCCACGAUGUUAGUGUUGGCCUGUUGUGGGGAAAUGCGUCGGCAAACGCCGCACAACUACAUAGCGCUCAUGAUAUUCACGAUCGCCGAGUCGUUCCUAUUGGGCAUAAUCUCGUCGCUAUACAAGUAUGAGAUCGUGUUGUCUGCGGUGGCCAUCACUGCCGUCGUGUGUCUGGCGCUGACGGUCUUCGCCUUUCAGACCAAAAUCGAUUUCACAGUAUUCAACGGUCUAUUAUUCGUCGGCGUUAUUAUCCUAAUGCUAUUCGGCUUUGUGUUGAUGUUCUGGCGCUCGUCAGUCGCCCAACUCGUCUACUCAGCGCUCGGAGCCCUCCUUUUCUCAGCGUACCUGGUGGUGGACACCCAGAUGUUGAUCGGCGGCACUCAUAGCAUACAGAUCUCGCAGGAAGAGUACAUAUUCGCAGCCCUAACCCUUUACAUCGAUAUCGUUCAGCUCUUU